AUGGCAGCAUCUCUCCCCCCACAGCACCGCGCCCUCGUUCUCGAGAGCAUCGAGGCCGGCUUCCACGUCAAAGCCGUCCCAACCCCCCAGCCCGGCCUCGGCAGCGCCAUCGUCCGCGUCGCCGCCGCCGGCAUCCUCUCCUACCAGCGCGAGGUGUACAACGGCGCGCGGCACUACUCCUUCCCCACGCCCCUGGUCGCCGGGCUCAACGCCAUCGGCCGCGUCGUCGCCGUCGGGCCAGACGCCACGGCCCUGACCCCCGGCCAGCUCGUCUACGUGGACUGCGUGGUGCGCGGGCGCGACGAGCCCGCCAACCUGUUCCUCGCGGCCAUCAACGACGGCAUGACCGACGGCAGCAAGCGGCUGAUGCGCGACGUCUGGCGGGACGGCACGUUUGCCGAGUACGCGCGGGUGCCGCUGGAGAACUGCGUCGUGCUCGACGAGGCGAGGCUGUGUGGCAGCCUGGGGUACUCGAUCGAGGACCUCAUGUACAUGUCCUACCUGCUCGUCCCGUACGGCGGGCUGCGAGACAUUGGCCUCGAGCCGGGCGAGACCGUUCUCAUCUGUCCAGCAACCGGAGGCUAUGGCGGCGCCGGCGUGCAGGUCGCCAUCGCCAUGGGCGCGCGCGUGAUUGCCAUGGGCCGCAACGAAAAGGAGCUGGCCAGGCUGAAGGAGCACGUGAAAAGGGGCUCGCCGAACGCUGAGAUCGAGACUCUCAAGCUGACGGGGGAUGAGACGGCAGAUACGGAGGCACUGCAAGCCUUUGGCAAGCUUGACGCCGUGCUAGACCUCACGCCACCUCAGGGGUCCCAGUCAUCACAUGUGAGAAGUGCCGUGCGUGCCCUGCGACGGGGAGGCCGCAUCAGUAUCAUGGGGUUCAUCGAUCAGCCCUAUCCUCCGUGGACCUUUGUGGGCAAGAAUAUAGCGUUAAAGGGCAAGCUGAUGUAUGAGCGAGACGACAUGCUGCAGUUUGUAAAGAUGCUAGAAAGGGGCCUGUUCCCGCGAGGCAAGGAUUUUGUGGACACAAAGGCGUUUGGCUUGGAGGACUGGAAAGAAGGACUCGACCAAGGAGCCGAGCAUAUGGGCAUCGGGAAGCAUUGCGUCUUUGUGCCAUGA